AUGACCUGGUUGAUCCACGCUACCACUUUCUCCAGCAGCGGCGGCGCUGCUGCGCUCCCAGCCCCUGCGCUCGCCUUGCUGCUCUGCACCUGCACCUGCGCCGCUCCUCCUGCUCCCUCCCCUGCCCCCACUGUCGCUGUCGCUGCUGCUCCUGUUGCUGGUUUCUGUGUGGCUGGCUUAUGGCUGGGGGAGGAGGAGGAGGGAGGGCAGGAGGAGGGGGAGGUGGAGCAGGAUGAGGAGGGGGGAGAGGGGGAGGAGGAGGAGGAAGAGGGGGAGGAGGAGGAGGAGGAAAAAGGUUUCUUUUUGGAGGGUGAGGAUGGGGAGUUAGGAGUGAGCGAGAUCAAGGAGGAAAAGGAGGAGCAGGAGGAGGAGGAGGAGGAGGAGGAGGAGGAGGAGGAGGAGGAGGAGGAGGAGGAGGAGGAGGAGGAGGAGGAGGAGGAGGAGGGAGAGGGGGGGGGGGGAGGAGUUGGCGUAAAAGGAACGGGCCAACGGGUCAGCACGAGAGUGGCAUGUGCAAAGAGCGAGAAACAAGGGACGUGGCAAGCGGAGGUUGGGCAACACGGUCCUGGUCCAGAGACGAGAGCUACUGUUUCCAACCUUUCAUAA